UAUAUAUAUAUACACCUUACUAUAUAAAUUAUUGUAUUUUUUGUUUUUAUUAUUUUUUAUUUUAUUUUAAGUCCACCACACAUGUAGUGGGGCUAUUUGGUUUGUUAUGGCCGGCUUCUGAUUCUCUCUGAAUAAUCCAAGACUCAACCACUUCGUUCUUUGCUCUCCAAAAUACAAGAUUCCCUUCUUCCUCACCAUGUUCCUUUCUUCUCUACUCUCCUCCACUCCACUCCUCUCCAAUGGCCUCCUCCUUUCCCGCCAUUUUAUUCACUCUCUUUCUCCUUACAUGUCUCACCUUCCCCACCGCUCAUCCCUCCAGUAUUGGAGUUCGUCACCUCUCCAACCUUCUCCAAACGCAGGAUCGCGAGAGGUCUCCACCUUCCCUUCAACUUGCCGCCGCUCGUGGCGUCCUUCGCCGGCUAAUUCCUUCUCAUUCUUCCUCCUUCGAUUUUCAAAUUGUCUCUAAGGAGCAAUGCGGAGGUGCGUCUUGCUUCAUCAUCAGGAACCAUCCUGAUUUCCAUAGACGUGGAGGGGACCCAGAAAUUUUAAUAAUUGGGGUCACUGGAGUGGACAUUGUGGCUGGUCUGCACUGGUAUUUGAAGAAUUGGUGUGGUUCACAUAUAUCCUGGGACAAAACUGGCGGAGCUCAACUAUGUUCGGUGCCAAAAGCUGGAUUGCUCCCCCGUGUCGAUGAUAAUGGCGUUUUUGUCCCAAGACCUGUUCCCUGGAGUUAUUACCAAAAUGCUGUCUCAUCUAGCUAUUCUUUUGCUUGGUGGGAUUGGGAAAGGUGGGAGAAGGAGAUUGAUUGGAUGGCUCUUCAGGGUAUCAACCUACCUCUAGCAUUUACAGGGCAAGAGGCUAUCUGGCAGAAAGUUUUUCAGAAAUUUAAUAUGAGCAGUAAGGAUUUGGAUGAUUUCUUUGGAGGUCCUGCAUUCCUAGCAUGGUCUCGUAUGGGAAAUUUGCAUGGAUGGGGAGGUCCAUUGCCACAAAGUUGGCUUGAUCAACAGCUUUUACUACAGAAGAAGAUACUUCGAAGGAUGUACGAACUUGGAAUGACUCCUGUACUUCCGGCCUUCUCUGGUAAUGUUCCUGCUGCACUGAAAAGUAGAUUUCCAUUUGCAAAGAUAACACGCUUGGGAAAUUGGUUUACAGUGAAGAGUGACCCUAGAUGGUGCUGUACAUAUCUUCUUGAUGCAACUGAUCCUUUGUUUGUUGAAAUUGGGCGAGCAUUCAUUGAGCAGCAGCUAGAAGAAUAUGGAAAGAUGGGUCAUAUAUAUAACUGUGACACUUUUGAUGAGAAUACUCCACCUGUUGAUGACCCAGAGUACAUUUCUUCAUUAGGAGCUGCAAUCUUUAGGGGAAUGCAAAGUGGUGAUAGUAAUGCUGUCUGGCUAAUGCAGGGAUGGCUAUUCUCAUAUGACCCGUUCUGGAGACCUCCACAAAUGAAGGCACUUUUGCAUUCCGUGCCUCUAGGCAAGCUGGUAGUUUUAGAUCUGUUUGCUGAAGUCAAACCCAUAUGGAUUACUUCAGAGCAGUUUUAUGGUGUUCCUUAUAUCUGGUGUAUGCUGCACAACUUUGCAGGAAAUAUUGAGAUGUAUGGGAUUUUAGAUGCAAUAGCUUCUGGACCGAUUGAUGCUCGCACAAGUGAAAACUCAACCAUGGUUGGUGUUGGAAUGUCAAUGGAAGGCAUAGAGCAGAAUCCUAUUGUUUACGAUCUCAUGUCUGAAAUGGCUUUCCAUCACAAGAAAGUUGAUGUCAAGGCCUGGAUUGAUCUCUAUCCAGCAAGGCGUUAUGGCCAAUCAGUUGCUUCUGUGAAAGAUGCUUGGAAUAUUUUAUAUCACACUAUCUACAAUUGCACUGAUGGUGCUAAUGACAAAAAUAGGGAUGUAAUUGUGGCAUUUCCCGAUGUUGAUCCAUCAUUAUUAUCGAUUCCACAAGAAAAAUAUUCCCACUAUGAAAACCAAGUGUCCAGAAGAUCAAUGCUAAAACCAAUUACUGAAUCAUUUGACCAACCUCAUCUUUGGUAUUCUACUUCUGAAGUAAUACGUGCUUUAGAACUUUUUCUUAAAAGUGGAGAUGAAUUAUCUGGAAGUAACACCUACAGGUACGAUCUUGUUGAUCUGACUAGACAAGCUUUAGCAAAAUAUGCAAACCAGCUGUUUUUGAAAGCAAUAGAAGCAUAUCAAUCAAAUAAUGUUCAAGGAGUGACUCACUAUAGCCACAAGUUUUUGGAUUUGGUGGAUGAUUUUGACACUCUUUUAGCUUGUCAUGAAGGAUUUCUUCUAGGACCUUGGUUAGAAAGUGCAAAACAACUAGCCCAAGAUGAAAAUCAGGAAAAGCAGUUUGAGUGGAAUGCAAGAACUCAAAUAACAAUGUGGUUUGACAACUCAGAUGAAGAACCAAGCUUGCUUCGCGACUAUGGAAACAAGUACUGGAGUGGGCUUUUACGAGAUUAUUAUGGUCCCCGAGCAGGCAUAUAUUUUAAAUUUUUAAUUAAAAGCUUAGAAGAAGGUAAUGGUUUCUCAUUGAAGGGUUGGAGGAGGGAGUGGAUAAAGCUCACAAACGAUUGGCAAAGCAGUAGAAAUGUUUUCCCUGUAAAAGGUGCCGGCGAUGCUGUCAACACAUCGAGGUGGCUUUUCAACAAGUACUUGCAAACUCCUGAUAAUAUAGAAUCACUCAAUGAUGCUGCUGCCAAGUAUGUUAUUUAAAACCAUUGAACAAAGUAAUAAUAACGUGGGAUCUGAUGUUUACAUCGAUUCACUUCUCCUUUAGUCCCUCAUUCCUCUCUUAUACGAGCCAAAGCAAAAGAACUCGGUCAGUUGCAAAAUACAAAUGGAUAUGAAAACGUGUGUAUGUAUCUCUUUUAUUAAAUGUGAUUAUUUAACAAAAA